ACUACUCAUCCCCUUUUCCACUUCUUACUUCCUCCUCUUUAGCCCAUCAGCAAAUAUCAUGAAUCUUACAGAAUAUUCCCAUAUUUUGUUUCUUUCACUAUGCACCCUCAACUUCUGCUUGUACUCCAUAAACUCCGACGACAACGGAGGCUGGGAGAGAGGCCAUGCUACCUUCUAUGGUGGAGCUGAUGCAUCCGGCACAAUGGGUGGUGCUUGUGGGUACGGUAACUUACACAGCCAAGGCUAUGGGCUACAAACCGCGGCUUUGAGCACGGCUUUGUUCAAUAGUGGGCAGAAAUGUGGGGCCUGCUUUGAGCUACAGUGUGAGGAUGAUCCUGAGUGGUGCAUCCCUGGUUCCAUCAUCGUCUCGGCUACAAACUUCUGUCCUCCAAACUUUGCCUUAGCUAAUGAUAAUGGUGGUUGGUGCAAUCCUCCUCUUAAGCACUUUGACUUGGCCGAGCCUGCCUUCCUCCAGAUCGCUCAGUACCGAGCUGGGAUCGUUCCUGUCGCAUUCAGAAGGGUUCCAUGUGAGAAAGGUGGAGGGAUAAGGUUUACGAUAAACGGGAAUCCAUAUUUCGACCUCGUGCUAAUCACGAAUGUGGGUGGUGCUGGAGAUAUAAGGGCCGUCUCUUUGAAAGGCUCAAAGACAGAUCAGUGGCAAUCCAUGUCAAGAAACUGGGGACAGAAUUGGCAAAGCAACACUUACCUCAGAGGUCAAAGCCUUUCUUUCCAAGUCACUGAUAGUGAUGGUCGGACUGUUGUGAGCUACGAUGUUGUGCCUCAUGAUUGGCAGUUCGGUCAGACUUUUGAAGGCGGACAAUUUUAGAUUUAUGAUCAAGUGAAACUAAUAGACGUUAUAUCCAAGAAAAGUCAAUGAUUGUGUUUAAGAUAAAACUCUGCUUUUCAUUGAUCAUAACCACUCUUCGAUAUAUAAUAGUCAUAAGAAAGAAAUACAAUGAAACAAUUAAUUUUGUUUGGAGAUCAUUUUGUAUUCUUCGCAUAUCCUCGCUUAGUACAAAAGGUAUCUCU